CUGUCAUAUGAAAAAGCCUCGUUGCCAAGUCGGAAUUUUCUAAUUUUGAGAAAAAUUAUAUCGAAACAGUUCACUUAAACUGCUUGUAAAUAAACAAAAGAACGAUGAGUUACGUGGAAAUUGUUGUUGCAGAAGGUUUUGAUAAAUGCAAGUGCUGUUUAAGUGAGACAGAGUUGAAAACUUUAUGGGCUGAACACGAAUUUGAAGGGAAUGGGGAGAACUAUGGGGAAAUGCUAAACGAAUGUUUUAGCCUAUCGUGGCAAACUACAGCUUCAGAGUUGAUUUGUGAAUUGUGCAUAUCACGAUUGAGGGACGCUAUCGACUUCAGACGGGAAAUUAUAGCAACACAGGAGAUACUUGAAGAAGGUGUUCAUGUUAAGAAGGAGAUCGAAGAACCUGCGGAGUAUCUUGACGACAACGAAUAUGCAUCUGAAGGUGUUUAUUUUGAAGUAAUAAAGGAGGAGGAACGUGACAUUCCCGUGGAGUACCUUGACGAAGAUGAAUAUGUUCCAGAAGAAAUACCUUCGAGUUCACAAGCGUCGUCGCCGGAGCCACGCAAACGGAAAUACCCUCCGAAGAAAAAGAAGAGCGAAAGGAAUAAAACAUACAAACAGUAUUCAAGAAGCAACCUGCUAGAAGCUGUUAGGAAGGUCUGCAGCGGUGAGCUGACCUGCGCAGAGGCCAGCUCGAACUACGGGGUGCCAGUGGCCACGGUGCUUGCCAAGUUCCACGAAGCGGAAUCGGAGAAAAAGGGGGUUAACAAAGCCAAAGAAGCGUUGAACGAGAAGCACUACAAUCUGAUUGAAGACAUACAAAAAAUCCUCAAAUACACCAAUGCUAUACCGUUCAAAACGAAAGCAAAUAGAUACUAUUGUUUCUAUUGCUCCACCGAUGGCCAAAUCUUUGAAGAGCCAGACGAUCUGCGACAACACACCAACACCGUACACUGUGAUGAAAGAAUCGACGGCAUCGAACAUUAUAUGAAGCCUCAAUGGUCGAAUGAAGUUAUAAAGAUGGAUGUGCACCGCUUGCACUGCACAGAAUGCUACGUAAGAUUGCCCGAUUGGAAUGAAAUGUUCGUGCAUUUCGCCGAAAAGCAUAAAGUUGGAUUCGAUGAGGCCUACACCAAAGUUAUACCGUACCCGUUGACAUCAGACCUAAAAUGUGUCUUGUGUAACAAGGCGUUCAACAACUUCGCUCUACUCGAUGCACAUAUGAAUCUGCACUACAGCAAUCACAUCUGCUAUGCUUGCGGUGACACAUUCCUGUCCACUAGCAGACUGGAGAAACAUUUGCUCGUGCACAAAACUGGCUGUUUUCCAUGCAAGAUGUGCGAUAAGGUGUUCAGUUUGGAGAAGUAUGUGUCGAAGCAUUACUCUUUGGUGCACGAGCCGAAGUGCACCACGAAAUGUUUGUACUGCCCGGAGAAGUUUAUAGGGCCAUUGCAACGGCACGCGCACGUUUGUGAGAAACACGCGGACAAGGUGAAGACGUACACAUGUGAACUGUGUGGCAAAGUGUUCACGUGGAGGGCCUAUUUCCUGGCUCACAUGCGCAAGCGUCACCACGGCGAGAAGAAAUACAAAUGCCAGUUCUGCCCCAAAAUGUUUCUGAUGCAGUACGAACUGAAGAGUCACCUGGUAACGCACACCCGGGAGAGGAAGUUUGUGUGCGGUGAGUGCGGAGAAAGUUUUUCAAGAAUGCAGGCUCUAAAGAAACACAUUUUGGAUAAUCAUGAAAAUAAUCAUAUUAAAUCGUAUUUACUAUCUAAUUUUAAUGGCAAAGUAAUUAAUAUGGGGAAAAUUAAAAAGCGUGGCCCCAGGAGGCUAUGCAGAUGCUGUUUAGAAGAGAUUGAUCUAAAGGAUUUGUGGACUGAGUACUUCAAUGACGACGAGAGAGAAGUUUAUGGCGAAAUGUUAAAUGAAUGCUUCGGAUUGCCAUGGGAGCAGCGUUUUGAAGAGACAGAGUUUAUUUGUGACAACUGUGUGGUCCGUCUCCGUGAUGCUGUAAGCUUCAAGAAGGAGAUCCUUAAAUCUGAUCAGAUACUAAAGGAAAACUUUAAAAAUGAAGCCAGUAAGAAUGUGAAAGAGGAAGAGGAGUCGGAUGCAGAGAUUGAGACUGAAUAUCUGAGCAUAGAAUACCUUGAAGACGAGGAUAAUGAAAAAGCUAAGAACAUUGUAGAAAUCAAAGUUGAGAGGGAAACCUCAAACGAGCCUGAUGUGAAACAAGAAUCAACUAUACAGCCAAAGAGUGGUAGACGUUACACCGAGGAUGACUUCAAGAAGUGCAUAGAAGCUGUGAAGAGCGGAAAACUCUCGCAGACCAAAGCCUCGAUCGUCUACCGUGUCCCCAGGACGACCAUCAGACAGGCACUGGCGAUUAUGCCGCUAGUACUACCUAAAAAAUCUGAAAAGAAAAAAAGAGAUGGUCCGCGCAUAAGAGUCGAGUCUAACGUGAAAAAGCGACAGGAUAAUUUAGACAAUCUUACCAAAUAUACAAACGCUACUCCUUUUAAAGACGUCAGGAAAGGAUACAUUUGCUAUUUCUGUGACAAAGAAUAUGAUUUUCCAGCUGAUUUGAAAGAGCACACAAUCUUUCAUCAUUUAAAAGCUUUAGGCGCGGACGCGAUGUCGGUCAAAGUUAUCUCAGACAGAAGCGUUAAACUCGACGUGACAGAUCUGAUCUGUGAAAUCUGCGGCGAAGGUCUACCAACACUGGAGAGUGCAUUCGAACACCUAAGCUUAGAGCACGACGCCGUUAUACAUAGAGAUUCAAAGGACCACUUAGUGCCAUUCAAAUUUAACGGGAAGUCGCAAAAGUGCGUUGUGUGCGAGAUAGUGUUUCCAACUUUCAAACUAUUAAACAACCAUAUACAUUUGAAGCAUUACACGAACUACGAGUGCCAGAUAUGCGGCCGGGGUUUCAUAAAUAAGAGGUCGCUGCAAACGCACGGUUUGACCCACCAAACCGGGAAGUUCCCUUGCCGGCACUGCCCCGACGUGUUCACGACAUCCCUUCGCCAGAAACAGCACGAGAGAUACAUGCAUAUGGGAAAAAAGAAGCGCAACAAAUGCCUGCACUGCGACGAGAAGUUUCUCGAUGUGGUGCAGAAGAGGAGGCACGAGUCCGAAGUCCACGGAGUUGCACGGCCGACGUACGAGUGCAACGCAUGCGAGAAGAAAUACUUCAGUCCAGCCGCUCUGAAAACACACGUCGAAUGCUACCAUUUAGUCCUGCGUCCGUACAAAUGCAGUGAAUGCGAAUCGAGUUUCUUCACGCCGACGAUACUUAAGGCGCAUAUGCUGAAACAUACCGGCGAGAAGAGUUUUCAAUGCGACAUCUGUAGGAAGAGCUUCGGCAGGAAGACAACUCUGGGACAGCACUUGCGUAUACACGCGGACGACAGGCGUUACACUUGCGACCAAUGCGGGAGGGGAUUCGUCCAGAAGUGCAGUUGGCGUGGGCACAUGCUCGCUAAGCACGAGCGAAAAGUUUGAGCGCUGUUACGUUGCUGCGUGUUAUGUCGGACACAUCGCGUUCUGGAGCUGUCCAUUAAUUAUUGUCAUUAAUCGACCACUCAGAUAAAAGUAAUGUUAGAGCAGAUUUGAGGCUCGCUCACAAUCGAGGUGUCCUUAUCUAGUACGGAAAUACUUAAAUAUCUGAGUAAAAUGGAUCUCAUUUGUACAGCGUUAAAGUUCAAAAAUGCCAACAGUUCUUUAGCUCGAGCUUUUGGCAGAACGCUUGUAAAACAGAAGUCCGAAGUGCGACUAUAAAAUGAGCGACUUUAAGACUAUUUUACUUUGACGAUCCAGAGUUUAAUGCUCGAUUGCGAGCGAGCAAAUUGCGAGCGUGUUCUAAGGUUACAAUACCAUAUCCGCUACGAAAACUACCAGUAGUUUUGUUUUAAAUUCCAGUUCAUUUUAGCCCUUGAUUAAUGUGGUGAUGCAGUCCAAGAUGGCGGGCUAACCUGUGGAUUAUGGCAGUUAUUAUC